UGUAACAUCCUCUAUCCCUAAAAAUCUAAGCCGUCAUACGAUGUUCAGAGUGAGACGAGGAAAUAAACUCUCGAAUCUUUGCUCUAUUAGGAAAAGAUUAUAUCUCUAUAUAUAGAUCACCUUUACUCAUAAGGUUUGCUCUAUUAGGAAAAGAUUAUAUCUUUAUACAUAGAUCAACUUUACUCAUAAGGUUUUUUUUUUUUCGGAGAAUAACUUUACUCAUAAGGUUUGCGUCGCUGCCAAUUGUGAAGUUUUAAGAUUAUUGCAGGCUUGAGAUAAGAUGUAUCGUGAUCAUAUCGAUUCUUUGAUUGACAUUGCAGUGCUAUUAGCGAAAUAAACACGAUGAGUUCAAUGGAGGAGUCUGAUUGGGCAUUUCUUUCAAAGAACCUAUUGGACAUGACAAUGGAGGAGCCAAAUUGGGCAUAUCUUCCAAUGAACUUAUUGGAUAUGAUUCUGGACAAGUUGGUUUCGCUUUCUGAAUAUGUUCGAUUUGGUGCGGUUUGCAAACCAUGGCAGUCUGUGGCAAUGGGCAACAAACUUAAAUUCGUUCAAAAUAAGUUUUCUAGACAAGUUCCAUUCUUGUUGGUGCCUUCUAGAGAUAAUAGUGACGAAAAACGUAGUCUAUAUAGCAUCACUCAUAAUAAGCUAUAUGAUUUUCAGUUACGGGUGCCUUACAGAAAGAGGCUUUCUGGUUCCUCACAUGGUUGGCUGUUUACUGUGGAAAAAUCCUUGGGCGUAACUCUAAUGAAUCCGUUUUCUGGCGCCACCAUUGAGCUUCCUCCAAUAAGGGUCGAAGAUGGUGAGCUUGACAAUAUUCUUGAUGAUAUUGAGUUUGAAGUUGGAAAGGCUACACUAUCAGUUGACCCUGCUUCAUCUCCUAAUGACUACAUUGUUACCGCCAUCUAUGGUGGUUGUUUAUACCUGGCAUUUAUUCGGGCAGGAGAUGAAGCUUGGACUUGCAUGGAUACAAAGAGAUUUCUGGGCAUCAAUGAUGUCAUGUAUUAUAAAGGCAAGAUUUUUGCAGUUGAUUCUAGAAGUGGAGUCAUAAUGAUUGAUGUUAAUAGAAGUGCUGGGGAGAGUAAGGCUCCGCAUGUGGAGGUAAUUGCACCACGUUAUUGGAAUAACGAACGGACAUAUCUUGUCGAAUCAUCUGGUGGGGAUUUACUUCUUGUACAAAGGGAUUUACGUCUUGGAGACGGUUCACAGCAUGCAACUGAAGGGAUUAAGGUUUUCAAGUUGCUCUUAGAGCAAUUUGAGCAGGGUUGGCCUAUGCGGGUUGAAGUGAACAACUUGGGUGGAGACACCCUGUUUUUGGGAGAGAACCAUUCCAUUUGUGUUUCAGCUUCCAAAUGGCCCGGAUGUCAGGCGAAUUCAAUAUACUACACAGAUGAUUAUAAUCUCGUUUUAAGCUAUCCCGCAUCUGGGCGCCGCGACAUGGGUAUCUUCAACGUAGAGAAUGGAAGCUUUGGGACCCAUUACAUCCUUGAUCCUUCACAUAACCAAAUGCCACCCUCAAUUUGGAUUGUACCAACUGUUUUAGGAAAUUGAGUAUAGACUUAAUUAAUUGAGUAUAGACUUAAUUUGUUUUUGGACGGUCUUUAGAUCAAAUUUAAUUUAAUUUAGUUUUUUUUGCUUAUCAUUAUGUGGUAAAAUAAUCUAUUUUUAUCUCUUGCUGUAUCAAAAUGUGAAAUCAAGCUUGUAAAACCUUUAAUUUAAAUAGUAUUGUGGCUGUUUCUCA